CUCGCGGGGCGGGCGGGCGCGGCACCCGCUGCGUGGCCGCCUGCGCCCCGGCACCAGCAGCAUGAGCAGCGGCUACAGCAGCCUGGAGGAGGACGCCGAGGACUUCUUCUUCACCGCCAGGACCUCCUUCUUCCGGAGAGCGCCGCAGGGCAAGCCCCGCGCGGGCCAGCAAGAUGUGGAGAAAGAGAAGGAAACUCACAAUUACCUCAGCAAAGAGGAAAUCAAAGAGAAAGUUCAUAAGUACAAUUUGGCAGUCACAGACAAGUUGAAAAUGACCUUGAAUUCAAACGGGAUUUACACUGGCUUCAUUAAAGUGCAGAUGGAACUCUGCAAACCCACCCAGACGUCGGGGAAGCUCGCGCCCGGCAGCAACGGCUGUAUGAACACACUUCAUAUCAGCAGCACAAACACUGUCGGGGAAGUGAUCGAGGCCCUGCUCAAAAAGUUCCUCGUGACCGAGAGCCCUGCCAAGUUUGCACUUUAUAAGCGUUGUCACAGGGAAGACCAAGUCUACGCCUGCAAGCUGUCAGACCGGGAGCAUCCACUGUACCUGCGUUUGGUGGCAGGGCCCAGAACAGACACACUUAGCUUUGUUCUUCGUGAACAUGAAAUCGGAGAGUGGGAAGCCUUCAGCCUUCCAGAGCUGCAGAAUUUCUUGCGCAUGCUGGACAAAGAAGAAAAUGAGCAGCUGCAGAGCCUGAGGCGGCGCUACUCUGCCUACAGACACAAGCUGGAAGAGGCCCUGGGCGAGGGCUGGAAGCCCGGAUAGAGCAGCCAACUCCCUGCCAGGAAGGCACGCGGCGGGACCCACGCACCCAAGUGCCUCGCUUUGCAGAGGGCUGUGUGCUCGCCCUGGGACGCUAGGGUCUUCCCCCUUUUCUCUCUAGAUCUAGUUCCUACGACCUGGUCACGCAGCCUCCUGCACCUUUAGCCACUGUGUAAGGGACUGUGCUAGCUUGUUCCAUUGCAGCGAGCGGGGCCGCGCAGGCAGCCUUGGCAGGGGCGUCUAGAGGGCUUGGAAGCAUGAACUCUGGGUUCUGUGUUCUCAUCUUCUUUUAGGUUGUUGUAGUUCUGUGAGGAUGAUGUUAAGCUUCAGCAUGUGCAGAUGACUUUUUCAAAGCUUAACGCGGAAUCUCUCGGAACGCUCGUUCUGUGUUGAAACUACCUGUCCAUGUCUGGUUUUGUAAGUGUCGAGAGGAACUGAUCCAUGUGAAUUCAAAGGCGCGGGAGUCUAGGAACGCCUAGGCAUCCAUGGAGGAGUUCGAAGAAGAACGUUCAGAGCAAGUUUGGAAGAAGGCACGUGCGGAGGCGGAGACGCGGAAGGCCCGGGACACGCUGGGCUGCAGAGUUGGUGGUAGAGGCUUAUAGAGUGAAAGGUAUUCAGUGUGGAGAUACUCAGCCCGUUUUAGGAUUGCUUGAUUGCCUCGUGGGUUCAAUGUGGGAACAGAGCCAAAGAGGUAGGAGCUAAGCCAAAGGAGGGAGCCAGGAGCUGUGAGCUGAGCGCAGGAUUCGGCCUGGACACAGCGGGGCCUUGCCCAGCCAGGGCUGUGCUCUGGGGAGUGGAAGGUCUGACUGGUGCGGGCCUUGGCCCUUCACUGCCUCCUGUUUUCCCCGCCAAAAGUUGUUUCCAAAGUAAGGGCAGCUGGUUUCCCCUUGACUGUCAGCUGGGAGCAAAGGGCCCUGACAAUCACUCCCUGCCCAUUAUCUUCAACCCCCCUCCCCCGCCUAGUCCUUGUCCCCUUUCCUGCCUUUUCUCUGGCCUUCCCUGCCCCACCCCCUUCCUCCAUCCUGCCUCUUCUCUCUCCUCCUGAUUGAUUGAAGAGCGAGGGCCACCCCAGCCUUCUCUGUUCUACCCCAGCCUUCUCUGUUCUACGCAAGGAGGGAGGAAAGGCCCCCCCCCCCGCCCCCCCACUGACCUCACCACAGGCGUUUGUCCUGGCCGUAAUUUAACAAAGGCGCCUGUUCCUUCCAACCAAAGAGAUGCUUGUGCAAUAGAAGCCUUCCUUAAAACAGGCGACGUGACCUCAUUUUACGCAGCGUGUAUCUGCAAGCGGGGAAAGGCGUGCUGUGGUUUCAGAGGGGCCUUAUGUCGUAGCUUUAUCUAGAGUUUUUUUUUGUCUUGUUUUAUAAAUUCCCAAGGAAUUGUUAACACUUUGGUGACACCUAAUGGAUUCCUAUUGAAAUUCCAAGGUGCUUCAGUUCUUUGCCUCUUCGGUGAACUGUGCCUUGUAUUUCUGUCUCCCUGCUUUUCAGAGAAUCCCCUUGUUGCUGGAGGCAGAUUCCGUGUUGGUUCUGCUGUGGCAUGUGAGUUACUGAGACAAUCGUUAUCUUCAUAAGCUUUUCAGGAAAGUUGGAAAAAAAAAUAGAAGUAGAACUAGCUAUAAAAUAUGUAUGGCACCUCUUGUUUAAUUUUGCAUGUAACUUCUUAGUGCAUUGAUGAGGCUUUAGUGACAUUGUCAUCUGACACUUUAUUGUUCAGGGACUGCCUUUGUGAGUUGCGUACUGGUUUUAUUGUUCAGACCUUGAGGCUUGAGUAUGCUGUCCUCAGCCACCUGGUCUUUUAAUUACUCGACCCAGUGAGUUUAUAUUUGGUGAAGCAUUUGUUUCUCAGAUUAAGACACUGUUAGAACUUAAGGUAGUAGCUGAUGGGUAUCUGUGAAUUUUUUUUUUUUUUUUUUUUACUUGAAGUAGAGAUUUGUCUAAAACAGGCAUCCUCAAUCUGUAUUUAUCCGGAACCUCGCUCACUGUCAUGUGCACUACAAGUUGCGAUUUGGAAAACUGAACUGUCUUGGAAUCCUGCCAGGUCGUGGUUCUUGAAGACUGAUGUUCUCUCCCAACACUGGUAACUGCAGCAGCGUUUGUAAUGUGUCAAAGAAGGAAAACGGCCCCUAAGGCCGAAGACUUGUUACAAAUCAUUGUGCAGAUCAUCAUUAGCAUUUCCAAGCUUUGCCUGAUGCUGUUUGCUCUUCAGUAGGUGAUGGUACAGGAAAGAUGUCACACGCGGAUGUCAUACGCAGGGGUGGUGUUGCAGGGCAGCAUUGAAAUCGCAGAAGUAAAAAAGUUAUAAUAUUUAUAAUUUUGAUGAGUUUAUUUUUAUAGGGAAGAUUUUUCUCCCCUAAAAUUAUUUCUGGAAUGACAAAAUUGUUUCCAUUAUUAAAAAUUGAACUUGUUAGUUGA